CGGGUGGUGGUGGUGAUUUGGUGAACGGCGGUGAACAACGGUGAAAUAAAACAUGGCGAACAUUCGAUGACUAUACUACACGCAUACAUACAUACUGAUAUACAUACCACCCCACAUCGGCGUACAUACGAUCUCGUGCUGUUAAAACGCCUAGCCUAGUUUUUUGCCGAUGUACUACCGUUGAAAUAAACGCGUAUACCCUUCGAUGACGAAGACCUUGAUUCGAUUUUGAACCGGUAAAUAUUGUGUAUUAGGUACUAAGUCGAAAGUCGGAAUCGAGGGGAUGCGGUUACGUCUACCGUAAAUGUUAACCUCAUAAACGUAGACCUACAUAGACGUAGUGACGAACAAUUCGAUUUUACUGGACGUAGAAAUAAAUUAAAAUUUCAAGUGAAACGACGGAUGCUGUUUAAUUCGAUGUCACGUUGAAAAGUCAUCGGACCAACAGAGACAGAGAUACAAGUAAAACGAGAUAAAACUCGAAACGUGGGUCAUUGAAUCUUUGUUUCUUCUUCACGAUCGAGAGACUCUUGGAAAGAAUUCAAAAGAUAUCGUUAAAAAAAAAUCGUUUCGAUCUUUAUAAGCAGAAGUAGAAACGUAAAGUUUCCCGCCGACGGCGAUAACGGAAACUGGUAUGUCGUGCUGCUGCUGCUACUACUGAUGCUACUGCUGCUGCUGCUGCUGCUACCGUUGAACGGAGUUAGGAGCAGAACACCAUGUACAGUUUCGAAGGAGACUACAGACGGAAACCUCAACAAAAUUUGGCAGGAGCCAGUAGAAGAUACGAAAAGUCAGUUCUAUUGCAACACGCUCAAUUACAACGGCUAAAGAGGGAGCAACAACGGAAAAGAUACACGGCCGUGUUGAAAAUUCAGGCGCUCACGCGUGGCUUCGUAGCGAGAAAACGUGCACGAUUGGCCAAAAGGAGAGAAUUCGAUGCGGAACAGAAACUGAGCGGCGGUCAUAGAAAUUUAACGUUGGACGAGUUGACGACGUAUUUUCAAAAAUUAUUAUUCUUCUACGAUGCCGGUUCGGAUGCCAGCAGGCUGGUGUGGAUGCUCCAACAUUUUCUGAGACAUCGGCAAGAAAUUAAACGUAAAUGCGUAAACUGUCCAGAAUGGCUUUGGAGACUGAGAUGGGUUCUUCGCAUGUGUAUGCAACAUAAUUCGGAAGCGCUGACGAACGGUGUGUAUUCGUUGGCCAUACCAUUGAGAACGUUAGAGACGUUUACUAGUCGAGAGGAUACGGAACAAGUUUUACUUGAGAACAGUUACAAGUACCUGGAGGACGUGUUUACCUAUUUGAUCAAACAUGAAUAUUUCGGUCGAUUAAGAAAAUUGAUAGACGAUAAAAUUCCAUCGAUGUUGGAACCUACGUCGGUCGCGCCAACCCCAAUGGCCAAAUGUCUCUCGGAUAUGGUCAAGCGACCGAUAGAGUUGAUCGGUUUUCUGGAACGACGGGAAGACGAGGAUGCUUUCUCUAUGCUCGUUUUACGAGAACUGUGCAGGAGCAUACUGUCUCCGAGAAUGUCAGAUCCGAUCAAAAUGUUCGUCGUUCCAUCGUUGGCCGAGCAGUUCGUAGAAUUUCCGUACGCUCGAUUAAAUCUGUGUAUCGACAGGAUGGAAAUAGAGCCAACGAUAAGUAUGUUUUAUUCGAUUUUGUUCCUGGAGUCGCAUCAGUUUUCUACGUGGAAACCGAAAAACGUUGUUCUCGACUAUUUGAAACUGCUUGCAUCGAUGAGCUCGACGAUCAUACCUUUGACGGUGAUCGGCGGCGGUUGCAGCAGCAGCAGCCAGGCUACUGGACGGAUAGAAGAUUCGGACGAUUCGGACGAUUCGGAGUCGAACGCGAACGCGAUCGAUCGAGAUCAAGCCGAUAUUUUGCACGAAUGUAUAGAGAUGCUGAACGAGGAACGACACGUUCAAGGGAUAUUAUCAGCGGUGGAUCGAACAGCCAAAGAUCCGGCCAUGUUGCAACCACUGUGCCAACUCUGCCAUCAUUUGCUAAUUACCGACAAAUCGGCCAUUCACAAAUACAAAUUGUUGUACAUGCUCGCGUUCAAACCAGGAUUCUUGAAGAACGUAUGGACCGCGCUGUUAUCGGCCCGUCAAAUCUCAUUGUUCGGCGAGGCAACGCCUCUGCUACAAAUCGUAUCGCGAGGAAUCGGCCUCUCUGCGGAACACGCUCAACUGAUGGUUCCGUUGCUCGCGGUAUUUUGUUCGCUGUUCAGUCUGUUGAUCGCGACGUUGCACGAUACGGAGUUUUUCAUCGAGGAAACGGGCAACGAACGAUCGUCGAUGGUUGUCGAGGACAACGACGGCAGUGAUGAACGACAAGUGGCAGCGGGAGCAGCAGCCGGAGCAGCAGCGAUGCCGUUCACCACCUCGGAAUUGGUUUCGCUCUCGGGUCACUUGAAAGGAGUUUGUUUAGGCUUGGUCGAGCUGGCGUUCCCCGACAGUAGACCGACGGUACGGGACGAUUACAAAAGCGCCGUUCUCGGUCCUUCGUGUACCGCCGCUACGCAGAAUCAACAGGACACGCAAGUCUGGACCCAUUUGUUCAAAGUGACUGUAGCUUUGUUGCGUCAACUGCAUACUCGAGAUUUGAGACGACAGUUCUGCCCGGAAGGUCACUGGAUAGCUUCGAACAUCGCUAUACCGAUCGACAAGUGUCAAGAUUUCACCCUUCGCAGACGUAGACCAAGGGGUGGAUAUCAGCAGCAGCAGCAGCAGCAGCAGCAACAGCAACAGCAGCAAGAGCAGCAGCAGCAGCAGCAACAACAAGAGAUCGUGUGGGACGAUGGACCGGCGCGGGUCGCCGUAUCAUCGUGGCGCCGUCGUGACGACGAGGUCGCGACCAUGACAACGACGACGACGACAGCAGCGGCGACGAACACUCCCACUCGCAGAGGGACGAUGAAUCAAGCGAUGGAGGAUGGGCCACCGCUCUCCGCCAGGAAGAUUCGAACGUUGACACUGAUCCGCGAGAUACCGUUCGUCGUCCCGUUCAAUAAUCGAGUAGUCGUGUUUCAGUCUCUGAUUCAUCGCGACAAAACGGAACAACAAGGCGAACUAACGCACUUUAUGCAAGGUCCGUCGAUACAUAUAUCGGUAAGAAGAAACUAUCUGUACGAGGACGCGUUUGAGAAAUUAUCGCCGGAGAACGAGCCAGAACUGCGAUUAAAAAUGCGCGUGCAACUUUUUAAUACGGCUGGUUUGGAAGAAGCCGGAGUCGACGGUGGUGGUCUGUUUAGAGAAUUUUUAUCGGAAUUGUUGAAAACGAGCUUCGAUCCUAACAGAGGCUUUUUCAGGCUCACCAAGGAUAAUAUGCUCUAUCCGAAUCCUACGGUACAGUUAUUGGUCGAUGAUUUCCCGAAGCAUUAUUAUUUUAUCGGUAGAAUACUCGGGAAAGCUUUGUACGAGAAUCUGUUGGUCGAGCUUCCGCUCGCCGAAUUUUUCCUAUCGAAAAUCGUUGGCCGUCAAUCGGACGUCGACGUUCAUCAUUUGGCUUCUUUAGAUCCGAUCAUGUACAGGAAUCUUUUGUACCUGAAGAGCUACAGGGGCGAAGUGGCCGAGCUCGGUUUAGAUUUCACCGUGCUGUCGGACGAGUUGGGCAAGAGGCGAAUCGACGAACUAAAACCGGGCGGUGCCAAUAUCCCUGUUACCAAUCACAAUCGCAUCGAGUACAUUCAUCUGAUGGCUGAUUACAAACUGAACAAGCAGAUACGUGCUCAGUGUUACGCGUUCAAGCAAGGUAUCGGUAACGUGAUCCCGUUGGAUUGGCUCCAAAUGUUCAACAACAAGGAGCUCCAGGUUCUGAUAUCGGGCGCGCAGAUUCCGGUCGACGUCAACGACUUGAAGACCCAUACUAAUUACACGGGAGGAUAUACUUCCGAUCAUCCGACGAUCGUCGCAUUCUGGAAGGUCGUCAACGAGUUCAACGAUCAGCAGAAAGGACAGUUGCUAAAGUUCGUUACGAGCUGCAGUCGACCACCUUUACUCGGAUUCAAGGAACUCGAUCCACCCUUUUGCAUUCAACACGCCGGUAGCAUCGAUCGCUUGCCGACCUCCAGUACCUGUAUGAAUCUGUUAAAACUUCCAGAAUUUCCGGACGAGAAAAUUCUACGUGAAAAGCUUUUAUACGCGAUACAAGCUGGUGCGGGUUUCGAACUGAGUUAAACUCGGUCAUGUUUUUUCAUUUUGUCUUCGUUCCCUCUUUUCUCCGAGCGGUUCUCCGAGCGACAAAUGUAUUUUCAGUUAAAUCCGGGAUGAUACCGACCAUUGUACAUACAAAUUGUAAGCAUAAUAUUAAAAACGCGUACUAGAACAAUCUUGAUGCGUGAACGUGAACUCGACUCGCACACACGGACGAACCAGUGUCUAAAAACUCCAUCUAUUACGGUGAAUAAAAAAAGAGAGAAACGA